AUAGGACUUCCUGUCAACACCCUGACACGCUGACAGUGACAUACAGAGAGUAAGAAACGCAGAAGUUAAAAAAGGAAAGCACGAACUUACAGGAAUAAACUGAUGAACUGAAGAAAUAAGGACAUCCAAAUGUAAAAGACAAGAGACCUAAGAACAGUCAGAGGAAGGAGUAGCAGACAUGCCGAUGAAUUUCAGAGAGGAAGAGUCGACCCCCCUAGUGUUGAGAGACCGGGGGGGCAGCCAGAAGUCCAGUUCAAGCAUGGAAGUCGGCUUACAAGUACACAUCUACUUUUUUCCUGGCACAAAGGAAGCGACAGUGAUACAAAUUUCAUCUGGACAGAUAAGUGCAGAAAAUGUUUGCAUCCAAGCAGGAAAGAAAAGUGGAAUCUUACCAGUGUACCUGAGCCUUUUCGGUUUAGCCUCUGCAGAUCUGUCAUUUUGGUAUCCACCAUCACACAUGUUUGACUCAGACGAAAACUUGGUUGUUCAUUUUAGAGUGAGGUUUUUCUUUGGGAACUGGUUCGGCCAAGGACCAAGAACUUCAUAUCGCUACAGUCUGACAAAGGACAGAAUCAGUCUGGUGCUUGACUACAAUGUCAUAGAUUACCUUUUUGCUCAGUUGAGAAGUGACUUCAUUGCGAGUGAAGCAGGAAUCGUUCCACCUUUGAGCGCCCAGGAGGAAUGCCUCGGCCUUGCUGUGCUGGACUUGUGGAGAAUGGCUAAAGAGCGACGCCAGACUAUAAGAGAGCUCUGCAAAACUGUCAGCUAUAAAUCAUGCCUCCCCAAGUCACAUCGGCAUGAAAUCCAGAAACGAAACCGCCUGGACCGCUUUCGAAUCAGGAACACCCUUAAGCGUUUCUUGAAAAAGCUUGGCAAAUGCUCAGUGGACGAGUACAGCCUGAAGCUCAAAUACCUGAUUGAACUGGCUGGCAUCGAGCCGUCUCUCGGGAGUGAGACCUUCCGUGUCAAUCGUUCUUCCUCCCACUCAGAAGCAACUUUCACCCUUCUGCGGGUCUGUGGGGAGACAGGAAUUCAAACUGGUCAACUUGAUGGUGCCCUGGAAUGGCAGACCUUCUGUGAUUUCCAUGAAAUUGUAGACAUCAGCAUUAAGAGAAUCUUAAAUGAGAUGGUCCCACAAGACAGCAGGAUGGUAACAAUAACUCGGAAGGAUGACAGAUGCUUGGAAGCUAGUUUCCAGAGUCGCAAAGAGGCACUUUCGUUUAUGUCGCUGAUUGACGGCUAUUUCAGACUAAUCACGGACUCAAGCCAUUUCUUCUGUCAAGACAUUGCUCCACCAAGCCUUCUAGAGGGACUCAAAAACUAUUGUCAUGGCCCUAUCACAUCAGAGUUUGCAGUCAACAAGCUGAAAAGGUCAGGAUGUACAGGCGGUACCUUCCUUAUACGGCAGAGUCCAAAGAACUACAAGAACUUCUUCCUCACUGUUUGUGUUCAGACCCCUCUUGGCCUUGAUUAUAAGGACUGUCUCAUUACUAAAAAUGAGAGCUACAGCCUUCCUGGUCUCACAAAAUCAUUUUCCAGCUUGAGAGAACUCACCAACUAUUACCAACACAACAAGCUGCUGUUGGCCGAAAUACCCGUCAAGUUAACUCGCUGCUGUCCACCUCGACCCAAAGAACUCACAAAUCUCAUAAUUGUAAGAAACAGCAGCUUGUUUGAAGCUCAAGGAUCUCCAACACCUGAAAGAAACAAGUUCAGUCACAUUCAGAUCCACAUGAUCAAAUUUGGAGACCUGAACUGGGGUGACAGCCUUGGACAGGGCACCUUCACCCGAAUCUUUAAAGGCUACAAAACUGACAUCCGUGAUGGAGGAAAACACAUGACUGAAGUCAUCCUAAAGGAGCUUGAUUCUGCUUACAAGAACUGUUGGGAGUCACUCUUCGAAGCUGCCAGUUUGAUGAGCCAAAUUUCUCACAAACACCUCCUCCAUGUAUAUGGAGUCAGUGUACAUGAAUCGCAAAACAUCAUGGUUCAGGAGUUUGUCAAGUACGGAGCCCUUGACCUGUACUUGAAAAGAGGAACAUCUGUCUCAGUGAGCUGGAAACUCAGUAUAGCCAAACAGCUUGCAUGUGCACUCAACUUCCUGGAAGAGCAAAACAUUGUUCAUGGAAAUAUCUGUGCUAAAAACCUGCUGCUGGCAAGAGAAGGUGACCCCUCACUGGGCAGCACUCCCUUCAUCAAGCUGAGUGACCCGGGCAUCAGUGUGGUCAUGAUGGGAAAUGAUGUUAUUCUGGAUAGGAUUCCCUGGGUGGCUCCUGAGGUGCUUGAUGCCCCAGAUAAUCUGACACUCGAGUGCGAUAAGUGGAGCUUUGGUGCCACUUUGUGGGAAAUCUUCAACGAUGGAAACUCCCCAUUGAGAGGCUGGAACUUAGAUCAGAAGAGGAAUUUUUAUGAGAACAUGCAUCAGCUGCCUCCUUCCCAGUGGACAGAGUUAGCAGAUCUGAUCACUCAGUGCAUGGACUAUGACGCCUCCUUCAGACCAUCGUGUCGCAGUAUCAUCCGUCAGCUCAACAGUCUCAUCACAUCAGAUUACGUAAUACUUCACGCUACUGAACCGGUGACACAGAGCCCCAUGUCCAAAGCUCUCAACCUUGUUCCACAUGAUCAAACACUGUUUGAGGAAAGACACUUAUGCUACAUCUCCCCACUGGGAAAAGGAAACUUUGGGUGUGUUGAGCUUUGUCGCUACGACCCUUUGGGUGAUAACACUGGUGAGCUUGUGGCUGUGAAGAAGCUCCAGCAUAACAAAGGUUCCAAUCUAGAGGAUUUCCAGAAGGAGGUUAAAAUGCUCAGUGUUUUACAUUGUGACUACAUCGUCAAGUACAGAGGAGUCUGCUACAGCAUGGGUCGCCUUAGCAUGAGCUUAGUGAUGGAAUAUCUUCCGUAUGGCAGCCUUAAUGGCUAUGUGUGGACUAACCGUCAUAACAUCACCACCAGGCGGAUGCUGCUUUUUUCUUCUCAGAUUUGUAAGGGAAUGGAGUACUUGCAGACGCAGCGUUAUGUCCACAGAGACCUUGCAGCAAGAAAUAUUCUUGUUGCCAAUGAGUUGCUGGUGAAAAUUGCCGAUUUUGGACUGACGAAGGUCCUUCCCUUUGAUAAGGAGUACUACCGCCUCUCACAGCCUGGACAGAGCCCCCUCUUCUGGUUAGCUCCAGAGUGCCUUAAUGAAAAUAAAUUUUCCCACAAAUCAGAUGUCUGGAGUUUCGGGAUUGUUCUCCAUGAGCUCUUCUCCUACUGUGAUAAUAGCAUCAAUCCCAAAAGACUUUGUUUGCAGGAGAUUGGAGAAAAUGUUCAAGGUACAUCUCUUUCAAUGCACCUGGCAAACAUGCUGGCGAGCAACUGGAGGUUGCCAGCUCCUCCAAGAUGCCCUCUGCAGGUCUACAGUUUGAUGAAGGACUGCUGGACGUAUGACUUUGACAAGCGUCCGUCUUUCUCUGACCUGUCAAAAAAGGUUGAAAACAUGAUCCAGGAUGACAGAUAAAACCCAAAAGGCUGAGAAAGAGGCCUUGCUGAACCACACAGACAGUGUUUAACAGCAGCAGUAUUGAAUUAUACAUUUUAUUUAUUGUCUUCCUAAGCAGUAUUUCCUUUACUUUUGUUCUUUCCUGUAUUUGGAAGCCUGUGGAUACUUGGUAAUAAGUAAUGGGAUCGUAUACAUUGGUUUCAGUGAAAGCAGCAAAAGUUAAUGUACAGCUUUUUAAUGCUCCUUAACACAUCAUAUUGCUGGGAUGUUUUAUUAUUAUUUUUUUUUUACAUACAAAGCUGUAGGAGCAACUUUCAAUGCAUAGAUAUGGAUUUAAUUUCAAUAUAAGUGCUUUGAUAAAUAAUAAUUAUUUCUAAUCUCUGCAGAUACUUUGUAGUUGUAGCAUUUGACAAGUACUGACAGUUUGGCUUAAAAUAUAUCUAUGUGUAGAGUUUCUCAAAGGUUUCUUUAGUGUCACUGAAUAUCCUCUGACAUUUACUUGUAAAUGGUUAACUUCAAAGUAAGUCAAAUCCCCUCUUAGCAAUGCCAUUUAAUUAAAUUAAUCUAAUCAUAGCUUUUAUAUAUUUUUGCUUUCUUUAAAAGAUCUGACAGAAUCACAGAGUAAUCUAAUUGUCAUUAGUAAUAUGGAUAAAUAAUUCAUCUUUUUAAGGCUAUUUCUAAAUUCAAAAUAAGCAAAUAUGUAAAUAUCUUCAGGCAGAACAUUUCAAUAGAUUAUUUAAAAAAUUGUAAAAACACCAAAAUGUAGGAAAUGAUGAUUUUGUCGAUCUCAUUGUUGAUAGAGAAAAUUUGUUAAAGAUCAUCUAAUGUGUUUCAGAGAUUUGAUUGCAGGUAAAAUAGUUUUCAGGUUUUAUUAAUAUUAUUGCUUUAUAUAAAUAUAUAAUUUAGUAUAACAAUGAUUUUCAUUUAUGCUGUUUGUUGCCUUGUGUUUGAACCGAUUUGCUGAGUAAAUAUUCUUUUUGUCCUCUUGAUUCUUUGUUUCUUUCAUAAAAACAAAUUUGAAUAAACCUUCUGAUGUACAUUUUGUCUUGAAAUUUAAUUAAAGAUAAGU